AAUAUGCAGCUGGAGGAGAACUUUUUGAAAGAAUAUGCACUGCUGGUAGAUUCAGUGAGGACGAGGCAAGAUAUUUCUUUCAACAGCUGAUUUCAGGAGUCAGUUAUUGCCAUUCAAUGCAAAUUUGCCACAGAGAUCUUAAAUUGGAGAACACACUUCUAGAUGGAAGCUCAGCACCGCGUCUCAAAAUUUGCGAUUUUGGUUAUUCCAAGUCAUCUGUGUUGCAUUCCCAACCCAAAUCAACUGUUGGAACACCGGCCUACAUUGCACCAGAGGUCCUGUCAAGAAAAGAGUAUGAUGGGAAGAUUGCGGAUGUUUGGUCAUGUGGGGUUACUCUGUAUGUGAUGCUUGUGGGUGCUUAUCCCUUUGAAGAUCCAGAAGAUCCGAGAAACUUCAGAAAAACACUUCAGCGGAUUCUUAGUGUCCACUACUCCAUUCCUGACUAUGUACGUGUUUCCAUGGAAUGUAGACAUCUCCUUUCUCGAAUUUUCGUUGCUAACCCCGAAAAGAGAAUAACCAUCCCAGAAAUAAAGCAGCACCCCUGGUUUCUGAAAAAUAUACCAGUAGAAUUCAUGGAAGAAAACAACCUGCAAAGCAGUAAUCAAAACCAUGAACAACAAUCAUCCCAGAGCAUUGAAGAGAUUUUAGCAAUAAUUCAAGAAGCUCGGAAAGCUGCAAACGGUGCCAAAAUUGGUGGGCUUUUACUGGGAAGUAUGGAUCUUGAUGAGAUAGAUGAUGCCGACAUAGAUGACAUAGAGACAAGUGGUGAUUUUGUUUGUGCAUUGUGAGUGCCAAGUUCAUAUCACGUACAGCUUUGCACUUUGCAGCUGCAGGCCAAAUGGCAUUUCCAAAAAGCAGUUGGAGAUGAGGCUUUUUUGUUCUUCUUCUUUUUCGUGUGAUGUUGGGGAAUCAAACUCUCUCUUUUAAAGAGUGAUGGUUAUUUUCCUUUGCUUGGAAGCUUGCUGUCUUAGUCUGUGUGUGAAGUGGCGUUAUUUCCAUUAUAGGGUUUUUAUUGGCUGUUGCUUCUCAUAUUUGUAAUUUGCAAAAUUCUCAUAAUGUUCAGCUUCUUUUUA